UCUUGCUGAAGGCGUAUUUUUGGCUGUCUGAGGAAGAAGGUCUUCCAUGCAUUUGCAUUUCUCCGGUUCUGGGUUGUAGAAAGUAGGAAAGGAAUAUGGCUUCUCAAGGAAUUCAGAUCAUGGGUAUGAUCACAGCUUUGCUGGGUUGGCUGGGGGUCAUCAUGGCCUGCGGCUUGCCUCAGUGGAAGGUUACGGCCUUUAUCGGUUCCAACAUUGUGACGGCGCAAAUCAUGUGGGAGGGCAUCUGGAUGAGCUGUGUGGUCCAGAGCACCGGACAGAUGCAGUGUAAGGUCUACGACUCCAUGCUGGCCCUCGGCUCAGACCUGCAAGCGGCCAGGGCCAUGAUCGUUAUCUCCAUCUUGGCUGGAGUCUUUGGGAUUAUAAUGUCCAUGGCUGGUGGGAAGUGCACCAACUGUGUCGAGGAUAGCCGCAGCAAGGCCAUGGCAUGCCUGACCGCUGGAGUUCUGUUCGUAAUCGCCGGCUUGCUGUGUCUGAUCCCCGUCUCGUGGUCGGCCCACACCAUCAUCUCGGACUUCUACAACCCCUUGCUGCUGGAGGCUCAGCGGAGGGAAUUAUUCUUAAUGGGUAGGAUUGCCAAGGAGGUGUCGGGCCAGACCCUGUGCUUCAUCGGCUUCGUUGGCUUGUGCCUCACUUGUGGUCUCCCCAUGUGGCGCAUGACUACCUACAUCGGCGCCAACAUCGUCUCAGGACAGAUCGUUUGGGACGGCCUGUGGAUGAACUGUGUGAUGCAGAGCACUGGGCAGAUGCAGUGCAAGAUCCAGUCCACCAUCAUGGACCUGACGCAGGACCUGCAGGCCGCUAGGGCUCUCAUCAUUAUCGCCAUCAUCAUCGGCUUCGCCGGGAUGCUCAUGACCUUCAUCGGCGGCCGAUGCUCCAGCUGCCUAAAGAAUGAGUCUUCCAUGUCUAAAGUGGUCAUACUGGGAGGCAUCCUGUGCAUCAUAGCCGCGGUGAUCUGCCUGAUCCCCGUAUGCUGGUCUUCGGCCGUCACCAUCACCGACUACCAGAACCCUCUCACGCCUACGACCACCAAGAGGGAGAUCGGGACCUGCAUAUACAUCGGCUGGGGAACUGCAGCUGUUCUUCUGCUCGGAGGAAUCAUCUUGUGUACCGCUUGUCCACCAAGAGAAGAUAUUUACCCAAAUAACCCGAACAUGUACCCAUACCAAGGGCCUAUGAUGGGACCAGGUGGGCCUUAUAUGCCUGUCAAAACAUAUCCACCCAGCUAUGCAUAUUCUGGGUCAUAUGCAGCUCCAGCUUACUCAGCUGCUCCGAGACAAUAUCGAUAAGAGACAUCUAUAAAGCAAUCAUAGCAUGGACUCUUUCUCGCUGCUUUUUGGCGUUUGCACCUUCAGGCUUACUGUGAUCUGUACUGAAUUCAAAUUCUGACAAGAAGAAGAAGAAGAAGAAGCUUGGAUGAUCUGUGUCCAUUGUUGUCCUCUGAUCCAGAAUCAGUAAAACUUGUUAAGCAACUUUUACAAAGAUCAGUUUCUCGAUACUCAGACAGCAAAUGUUUUUAGUGUUCAUAUUUUGUCUUUAUAUCUAAAAACAAUUGAAGGAUUAACUGGAUGAUUAAUAUUUUUGUUCAGUUUGUCAUGUUUUGAGUUCAGUUUUCUGUUGUUACUGCACUAAUAUUUAGAUUUGUGAUUAUUGCUGAAGAUUGUAUAUAACAUGAUGGUUGUUUACUCUCUCAGACUGGGAGAAAACCAUUUGUCAAUAAAAAAAAUGUUUAUAUGA